UUCAACACUGUGAAGGAGUUUCUAAAACUCUUUUGUAACUACCCACACACCAUCAAAAACUCAAGGCAAAUACAGAUCCAACUCAGACCAGCAGUAAAUGUGGAUAUAUUGAUAGUUUUGGUCUGAAUAUUUCAUGUGAUUUCCAUUUUUUUUUUUGUUUUUCCUCCACAUUUUUAUCUGGAUCAUGUUGAUGGAAAUAGAGCGGCUCUGCCAUGCCGGAGGGUCGACAGCUGUGAGGUGUCAGUGGAAGUCGACAGUCACAGCGAAGAAGUGAACACAUGUGAAGAACACCCUGGAAUACAUUUUUUAACAUCUCUGAUCUCAAUGUGGCCACUUUUGGGUUUAUCAGAACAGAACCCUUGAGAAGAGGAGAGCUGACUGGACAGACAGAAGGACCAGCAGACUAAAGAUGUCCGACCUCAGCCAGGUAGAAGUGUACUCAGACUCCUCAGAUAUUUACAAGAAUGUGUUCUGUAACCCAGCAUUUGAACUGGAGGGGGAGCGAGAGGAGAGGGUGGAGGGAUUCAGGACAUCCUCAUCCACCCCUGAACCAAUCAAACCUCCAGCAGCUGGCCCAGGUUGGUGUCUCUUUGGAGUGUGUUCAAUGCGACUGCGGGGCCUGGGCUGUGGCUGGGGGGCCGUGUUGGUCUCUGCUGCUGCUCUGCUUCUGGUAGCUGCCCUGGGACUGACCCUCGCCCUCAUCCUCACACAGAUAAAAGACCAAUCAGCUGAGGAGGAGUUGGUGUCCACCACCCCUUCAGACCUGCUCAGCACAGGAGAGGAAGUGUCCCAUUCGUUACCCACAAUCCUUACCAGCAUUAGUCAAAGGGAUGGUACAGCUGCACCACAACCAACCAGACUGCCUACAUCUGAAACACGUUGUGGAGGGGUAUUAACCGACUCAGAGGGCAGUUUCAGUUCACCAAACCAUCCUGGCUCUUAUCCCCCCAACUCCUUAUGUGUAUGGGUCAUUCGAGUCCCACCCCCCUCCUUGGUCCAGAUCCACAUUUCCUCCUUAAACGUAGAGGGGCCGUCUCCAUGUCUGUUUGACUGGCUGGAGGUGCAGGAGCAGAUGGAUCAGAGCUCUGUGGUCACCAGGUUCUGUGGAAAUGUAGCACCACCGACCGUGAACACCAACAGCAGCUCGGUGUGGGUCACCUUUCACUCAGACAGCAGCAUCGCAGGCAGCGGCUUCACUGCACAGUACAGGAGCAUUCUGCCCGGGCACAAGAGCUGCUCCAGAGAAGAGUUCAUGUGUGAUAGUGGGCGCUGUCUGCUGCCUGUGUCUGUCUGUGACGGACAUCCAAACUGCCACGACCAAACAGAUGAGGAGAACUGCAGCCAUAAACACAAGGAAUGUGGUGGACAGAAAAUAGGCCCAUAUGGUUUCGUGUCCAGUCCAAACCACCCGAUGCCUUAUCCUCACCAGCAGUUGUGUAUAUGGUAUAUUUCUGUUGAGGAGGGCCACGUCAUAACCCUCAGCUUCAGGAACUUCAGCCUGGAGACUCAGGAUGUGUGUGAAUUCGACUACGUGGAGGUGCACGACAGCGUGGACACUAGAGCUCAAAGGAUUAUGGGAAGGUUCUGUGGUACCACUUUUCCACCCGACCUAACAUCCUCUGGCCCACACAUGACUGUGGUGUUUGUGACAGAUGAGGGAGUGGCCGACAGCGGCUUUAAUGCAACGUACCAGGCUGUGUCCCUCUUGGACAGGACGUGUGGUCCAAACCAGUUUGCGUGCAGUACGGGGGAGUGUCUUCAGCGACAGUGGUUGUGUGACGGAUGGAACGACUGCUCUGAUGGAGCAGAUGAACAGAGCUGUGACAACUCCACCUACCCUCCUUUUAUUUCUUCAUGUGAACUGAUAGAGACAGAGAUGUGCCAGGGCCUGAGCUAUAACUUCACCUCAUUUCCAAACAUCUGGCUGCCCAUUGCUGACCAGAGAGAAGCUGCCACACUGCUGCGUCAGUACAGGGUGCUGAUGGAGCUUGCGUGCUUCGAGCCCCUGCGGCGGCUGAUGUGUGGGAUGUUCCUGCCCCAGUGCAGCCCUCAGGGUGGCGUCCUCCAGCCGUGUCGCUCAGUCUGUUCCUCAGCUGAGCAGCAGUGCAGCCAAGCCCUGGACGUGUUCUCCUUCAGCUGGCCUUUUAACUGCCACCUCCUGCCUGACUCACAGGACCCCAUGGAGUGCUCUCUGCCUUAAUGCAACAGAACGUAUUAAAACUGACACGGAGUUGCCAGUCAGAGGUCAUCAACGUUAUUCGGUGCUUUCCAAAAAAUGUGGACGUCACUUUUGCUGCAUGGAGUGUUUCAGAACUGAAAAUCUGCACUUUGUAAAUCUGCAGCGAAGAGUCAGCAAGAAAACAAUCUUCACAACACAAAUGACAGGGAAUGUGUUCAACAGAAGUGACCUUACAAAUAAAUCAGCUUUGUGUUCAUGUUAUUCAGAAUGCACUACACAAUACUGCGGUUUACUACAGCCAGUAUGAAUACAAGAUAUUUAACACUUCAUCUGGUCAAGCUUGUUUAAUUUCAGGUCUGCAGCACAUUAAGAAAAAAUGGAACAGGGAAAAUUCAGGACUAGUAAUCGGGUAAAAACUUUAAGGAAUGUGAUGCAACAGAGGGUCAAAACACUGGAGGUGGAGAAGUGUCCCAUACCUAUGAACGGCAGCCCCACCAAAGGGUUCAGGGUUUGUUUCUUUCUUUUUACGCUAUUUAUUACUUUAAUGUCGAACAUGAAAAACACACAUUACCGACCAACAAAAACAGAAUGAAAGGGUCAGAGACGUCACCUUUACAAUGUUCUUUAUUUAACAGUGCACCACAAUGUGCUCAUAUCACUGCAGUGUUUGUAACAGUCCAGAUUUGUUCUAAAAUUAGGUCAAAUUGGAUACAAAAAGGUGACAAAUCACUCAGGAAAUCCAGAUUUUUCGCAUGACACAAUAUAACAGACUCAUAUGGUAAAUGUAUCAAUGACUUACUGCUUUAGCUUUUUACUGAUUAAAAUGAUGGCAAAUAUGAGGACAGAAAGCAGUGAAUAAAAUAGAAAGAGUCCACUGUACUGAUACAGAUCGAUAAAAAUCAGGGAUAUUUAAAUGUUGGCCUUAUGUGAUUGUAACUAUUUGUUCCAUAAAUCAAAGGACAGCUUCAAACACUGACCUGGACACAGCAAUCUCAUCUAUCAAUAAACAUUAUUAUACGCCUGAGGCUUGGAAAGUGCAUAAGAAGAAACUCCUCCUUAAGCAAAGUAUUUUCCUUCUAAAGUGAAAGACAGUGAAUAUAAAAAUAUCAGUUUCGUAUUCACAGCAUCAACUGGCAUGACAGAUUUAUAAUACAUGACUUUACAUGUGUCUACAAUCAGAUGUGUAAAUUGCGUGACAGAUAUGCUUCUGUCCAGCCGUAUUUGGCUAAAGCAGUCGCUACAACGGGAUGAUGAGUUUCAGGGUUUGUUCUAAGGCGACGGCUGUCAGGCCCCACACUCGAUGCUUUCCGUUGCGGAACACUGGAAGUGUGUAUCCGUACCUGUCCCCAGUGCGGAAAUGUGUGUAACCACGGUUCUGAGGGUUGCACAAGUGCGACAAAGACAAGGUGAAGAUCUCCUCUACCUGAGAUGGAAAUACACAGAGACAGCAGAUGCCACAAACUUCAGCUUUUACAGAACCCAACAAAAAGCGGUGGUAAAUCUUCCAAUUUGGAUUUUUACAGAUCUAGUUUAUGGGAAAAAAUGGACCAAAUAUCUAAAGAAUAAAAUCUGUGUGGGAUUACAUCACUGAAGCCACAUGCUUCUUAUGCUUCCAGCGAUAUUAAUGUGCAUUAUUUUAUAUAUUAUACAAACAUUUUAUUUGUGUUCCAUAGCAAUGGAAUGAUUAUACCUCUCCAGGAUUUGGUUUGAAGGACAAUUCCUCUAUGGGACCCAAGUUAGCAAGCACAGGAGCAAUCAUCAUCCCUGACUGGAGACAAACACAAAACACUCAGACACCAUCAGAGAAAAGUAAGAAACGACAAGGAAAUGCUUUUCAGAGCACAUCUAAGUAACACUGUUUUAAUGGCUUCCCCACAGCUGGUCUUUCUUUAUAUCUAUUAAUAUGAACCGGCUCAAUAUUUUUCUUUUAUUCAUUGCACACCUGGAACAACAUGCAAAACCUCAAGUCUCAUUAUUUUGAAACUUUUGUCAUAUUUGACUUGACCAGCUGUUCUUGUUUAAAAUGGUUUAUCUGCCUUAUAUUUUAACUGCCUCAGCUAUUCUUAAAUGUUGUGUUUUAGUGAAUUGUUUUCCAUCAUUUUAAUUAGGGACGUGCACAACUAAUCAAUUAAUCAAAACAGUAAGCAGAACUGAAGUAUUUUUAAGAGCCAAACAUUUUUUAUUUGGGUUAGAGAUGGAAAAGAGAUGGAUGUUUCAUGUCAUAGUUUUUAAGAGUCUAUCUGAAUGCUGCAUAUUCACGUGAGUUUUUGUGUAGCACAGGCAAGAGACCAGAGCAAAAUGUGGCAUUAUUUUACUCAACUGGAAAUCAAUAUUUUUAUUCCUUAUAAAAUUACAAAAAAUGCAUGUUUGACAAAGUA